CAUACUUACUAGUCUCGCUAAACAUGUUGCCAAAUUGGUUACUUAUUCCUGCGUUAUUAUGUUGUGUAGUGAAUGUUUCAGGUCAGUUCGGGCCGUUCAAGCAGGACUCGGGUUACGUGACAGUGCGGCGCGGGGCUCACAUGUUUUACUGGCUGUUCUACACGACGGCGGACGAGCGCAGCUACACUGACCGCCCGCUGGUGGUCUGGCUGCAGGGCGGGCCCGGCGGCUCCUCCACCGGCAUCGGAAACUUCGAAAUAUUAGGCCCCCUCGAUUUAUCACUCCAAGAAAGGAAUUACACUUGGGUAAAGAAUUUUAAUGUUCUUUUCAUAGACAAUCCUGUAGGCACCGGAUACAGCUAUGUUGACGAUUGGAGUUUCCUCACGACAACUAAUGAUCAAAUUGCUGUGGACUUCGUAAAUCUGAUGAGAGGUUUCUAUGAGAAGCAUGCCGAAUUCGAGGGAGUUCCGUUAUACAUUUAUGGACAGUCAUAUGGUGGGAAAAUGGCGGUUGACAUGGGCAUUCGUAUGCAUGAAGCAGAGCAAGCAGGAACAAUCAGGUCGAAUUUAAGAGGAAUAGCGAUGGGCAAUGCAUGGAUACACCCGGUAGACUUGACGCUCACGUGGGGGCCGUUGCUCUUGGCCGCGGGUCUGGUCGACGAGACCGGCUACCAGAACAUACAGGCGGCCGCCCGGGAGGCCGAGCGCCUGUUCGACGAGGGCCUGUACGCGCAGUCCACGGACGCGUGGGCCGCCACGCAGACACAGGUGUUCCGCGCCACACACAACGUCGACUUCUACAAUAUACUCACCAAAACACAAGGCUUCGGACCGGACACCAGGACAGAUUAUGAAAUCGCCCGAGAGCUCACGAUCCGCGACAUGUCGUACUCCGCAAUGAGCCGCCAGGAGGAAUACGACCUCAACUUCCUGAUGAACGGGCCGGUCAAGGAAGCGCUGGGAAUCCCGGCCCACGUGCGGUGGGGCUCGCUGUCCAAUGCGGUGUUCGACCAGCAGCGCGGCGACUUCAUGAAACCUGUCACCGAAGGAAUUGAAAAAUUGUUAAACGAGACUGACAUCAUCGUACAAAAGUAUAACGGGAACCUUGAUUUGAUUUGCGACACUCCUGGACAAAUGCUGUGGAUGGACCGCCUGCAAUGGGCCGGCGCCGAGGGCUACCGCAGCGCGCCGCGGCAGCCUAUCUGGGAGAAUAACCGGCUGGAGGGCUACUCCAAGUCCUAUGGAAACCUGAGGUUCUUCUGGAUAAACAUGGCUGGCCACAGUGUUCCGAGAGAUAACCCUGCCGGAUCAAACGCCUUUCUACGAGAUAUGACUUCGUUUGGAUGAACUCUAACUCACUAAAAGUCCAAAUAUACAAUUGCAUUAUUAAAUACAUAAAACAAAUACAAA